GGAAGCUUUCUCCAUCUAUUUAUUUUAUUCAUGCACUUCAUUCAUUUCACUCUUCUAAUAUAUUUACACAAUUUUGUUCUCUCUUCAUAUGUCAUUUCUAUUUUUGGAAAAAAAAAAUGAUGAUAUUAAUGUAAACACUAAAAAAAACAAAGAAAUUUUGUGGGUAUUUUGCUUCUUGAUCUAACAAUGGUUGCAUCCCCUCCAUUUUUUGUUGGUUGUGGAGAAAAAAAGCCAUGGUGGAUUAGCAACAAAAAGAUCGCGGAGAAAUGUAUAAGAGAUGCCAAAACUCUCAUUGCCAGUACUCAAGAACCAAAUGAGAUUGCUUCAGCACUUGCCCUUGUUGAAGCUGCACUUGCAAUUUCUCCGCGUUUUGAGUUAGCGUUAGAGCUGAAGGCGCGAUCGCUGCUAUAUCUAAGGUGUUUUAACGACGUCGCUUAUAUGCUACAGGACCAUAUUCCUAGUCUGAAAAUGUCAUAUGAUGACUCGUCGUCUUCCUCAUCGUCUGGUUCAUUUGAUAGCUCAAAGGAGCAAAUUAGACUCAUUUCUUAUGGUGAUGAACCUAAGUUCAAGUGCUUCUGUUUAUCUGAUUUGAAGAAGAAGGUUAUGAGUAGCUUCUACAAGAAUUGCAAUCAAGAAGGUCAAUGGAGGUACUUGGUCUUGGGACAAGCUUGUUCCCAUCUAGGUCUAAUGGAAGAUGCAAUGGUUCUGUUACAAACUGGCAAACGCCUGACUACAGAUGCGUCUCGACGCGAGAGCAUAUGUUGGUCUGACGACAGCUUCUCGUUCGCCAAAUUUCCAGUCUCAGGUGCAACUUUGCCGAUAACUGAGUCGGAAACAGUCUCUCAACUUCUCAGUCAUAUAAAGCUACUCUUACGACGAAAAGCUGCUGCAAUUGCAGCUCAUGAUGCUGGUCUCUACUCAGAAGCUAUUAGGCAUUUUUCAAAAAUUGUGGAUGGUCGUCGUGGUGCCCCUCAGGGGUUUAUGGCCGCAUGCUAUAUGCAUCGAGCAUCAGCUUAUCGUUCCUCUGGUCGAAUUGCAGAAGCAAUAGCUGAUUGCAAUCGAACGCUAGCAUUGGACCCUUCUUGCAUAUCAGCUCUUAGAACUAGAGCUGCAUUAUUCGAAACCAUAAGAUGCUUGCCUGAUAGUCUCCAUGAUUUGGAGCAUUUAAAACUCUUGUACAGUUCAAUUCUCCGGGAUAGGAAACUACCAGGACCAAUAUGGAAGCGUCAUCACGUGGGAUACAGGGAGAUUCCAGGGAGGCUUUGCUCGUUGGCUACGAAAAUUCAAGAACUGCAGAAGAGAGUUGCAAAUGGCGAAACGGGGAAUGUGGAUUACUAUGCAUUGAUUGGUUUGAAGUAUGGUUGUUCAAGAUCAGAACUGGAAAGAGCACAUUUGUUGUUAACUUUGAGACACAAGCCAGAUAAAUCGACGAGUUUCAUAGAAAGGUGCGAAUUUGCAGAUGAACAAGAUAUCGAUUCUGUAAAGGAUAGAGCAAAAAUGUCAGCUUUACUGCUCUAUAGAAAGAUACAGAGGGGCUAUGCGAGUUUGAUGGCGACAAUCAAGGACGAUGAAGCGGCUGAGAAGCAGAGAAAUAAGGCUGCUGCUGCAUUACAGUUGAUGCAGCAACAAGUUCAGAUAAAUAAACAACAACAAUCAAGAACUGAAACUUACAGCACAGCUGCAAUGCAGCGACAAGUUCAGAAAAUUCAAGAACUUCAGCGAUCUGGACCUGAAACUCUCGAUUCAGAUGUUUGUAAUACUGCAUCAUGUAGUACAAACGUUACAAACGCGACAGCGUUCAAAGGGGCGUUCUGCAGAGAGCUUGCGAUCGCUGGGAACUUGUUGUCUCAACCUGCAUUUAAUCGACCAAUUCCAGUGAAAUAUGAAGCAUUGAGCUGUUGAGAAUCUGACUUACUCCGACACCGACAAAGGUUGCGGUGACAUGGAUAGGAUCCCUUCACCCUUAAAUGGGCCUUACGAGGCACAAAUUCAGAUUAGUCGGGGCCCCAACGUAUGCACCAGACAUCGUGUGGGCAACCAAACAAAAAAAGUAAGAAAAACUGCUCCUAUAUCAUUGUACACACGGGAAAAAAGUACUUACCAUGCUAGCUGCAGAAUUUUUGUUAGUUUAAACGAUUUAUCAUUUUAUACUC